CUCAGCAUGAGGUCCGAAACUUGUUUUUUGAUCAUUGUUCCCCCCCCAACUUCUCCCUCCUCGGGGGAAAAAAGGGACCCAAAGAAGAGGGAGAUGGGGAGACCAAGAGCAGCCUAAUUACGCAGGGAGGGAAGAGGAGCACACCACCAUGUUUAAGGAAUAUGAAGAAAACAUACUGUUUAACUAUCUCCAAGUAACAAGUGGUUCGUAGAACAGGUCACAUGUUGUAUGUUGGUGGAGCACCACAGUAGGGAGUUCAGAAUUUGCUGAGGGUAUGGAUGAUACAGUGGAGCUGCAGUAGAGGUUCGGGUUUUGCAUCCAGGAAGUGUUGACUGAAUAUGCGGGUCGGUGCGUGGCUUCUCUGGGUGUCCUGGUUCUACACCUGGGCAGAGUACUCACAGAGGUGCAAGUGCCAUGACAUCUGUCCAACAGAGCCAGGAUUGGACAAGAGGUCAAAGAGCGGGGUCAAGGAGCAUGCUCGUCACGGUGUCGGACACCAGCACACGCCUCACAGGAACAGGCCACACCGCAGAAAAGGUUCCAGAGUUCAUGCAGAGGAGAUCCCGCCCCGCAUCGUCCACCACCCGUCUGACGUGGUGGUGAAAGUCGGGAAUCCCGCCACGCUCUCCUGCCGGGCGGAUGGCAGCCCUAAGCUGACCAUCGAGUGGCUGCGAAAUGGCCAGCCUCUGGAGACGGCAAAGGGAGACGGACAGCUGCAGCCCAUGGUUUUGCCCGAGGGGAGCCUCUUCUUCCUGAGUGUGGGAGGGGGCAGGCGAGGUCAGUCGCAUGAGGGUGUCUACGCCUGUGUGGCCAGGAACGGUGCAGGCGUGGCCACCAGCCGUAAUGCAUCACUGUAUAUUGCAGUGCUGCAGGAGGAGUUCAGUGUGCAGCCCAGUGAUGUGGAGGUGGCAGACGGGGAGGUGGCUGUCUUGAACUGUGGCCCCCCAGUGGGACACCCUAAACCUAAUGUCAUCUGGAAGAAGGAUGGCUUUCCCAUUAACAGCACUGAUCGUCACUACACUGAGCUGAGUGGGAAGCUUCUCAUCGAUCCUGCAGAGAAGCACCACUCUGGCGCUUAUGUGUGUGUGGCCAGCAACACUGUGGGAGUCAGAGAGAGCAGGGCGGCUCGGCUCUCUGUGCUGGCCAAGCCUGUGUUGGUGCUGAAGCCAGAGAAUGUGUCUGUGAGAGUCGGGGAGUCUGCACAGUUCUACUGCCAAGCUAAAGGUGACCCCCCACCUGCUGUGGUCUGGAGCAGAGAGCAGGGGCCACUGCCCAACGGCAGGUAUCUUGUAAACCCAGAUCAGACUCUCCAGAUCCAUUAUGUGACUGCCCAGGACUCUGGGAAGUACACCUGCACUGCUGCCAAUGAUGUAGGUUUGGUCACAGCCAGCGCCCAGCUACUAGUUGAAGAGGCUGCCAGCACUAAACAGAAAGAUCUCCACAAAGAGCUGUCAGCCCUGCGGGUUGCUCUGGAAAAUGUCACUAUCAUGGCCCCUGGGUCUAAUAUAUCCCAAGUACAAUGGAAGCUCCAGUCCCUCCCAGCCCAGCCUCAUUACCUCGAUGGCUUCGAGGUUCUCUUUCGCUCUCUGCCGCCUGCCAGCUCAGACUGGACAGCAAAGAAGGUGACACUGCCCAGCUUCCAGACUCAAGUGGGCCCCUUAAAGAGAGGCUACACAUAUGAGUUCAAAGUUCGCCCCUAUGGCAGCAACUUGUAUGGGAGGGAGAGCAACACCCAGCACCUCAGCGUCCCUGAGACAGUGCCGAGUGCCUCUCCACUGGCUGUGUCCAUAAGAGUGAGCCAUGAGCAGAAUAACACCAUCUAUUUGAGCUGGGAGCCUCCUCCUCAUGACACCCACAACGGUAUCAUACAGGGUUAUCAGGUGUGGUGCGUGGAGCCUGAGGAGCAGCAGUACCAAAACUGGACAGUGGAUAGCGGCCAUCACAGCCUUGACAUCUCAACUCUCCAACCAGGGAAACAAUAUUGGAUCACCAUAGCAGCUGUCAAUGGAGCUGGAGUAGGAGUGCUGAGUGACCCUCAUGGAUUUAUCAUCAACCCACAAAUACGCAGUCCUCCUGAUUCAGACAGCCAAAGACGGAAUGUGUCUCAGGUGCUGGCCCUGCUUCAGGACCCGGUGUUGAUCGGCAGCAUUGGUGCCCUCCUGUGGUGCAGUUUGAUGGUUGCAGCUGUCUGUCUCUUCAGACGCCACAGCAGGACAGGCCACCUUAUCCCAAGACACGGCGGCGCUAAAGGUUUGCACAGACUGGCCAAUGAAGAUCUCAUCAUAAAACACAGAAUGGCCGCUCCAGACUCCCCCUGGAUCUCUGGAGGCUGGAGACCUGCCUUCAACCAGAAGUAUCAGGACUUAUGGGCCCAAGGUGAAAAACAUCCAGGGAUCAGGAGCACCAGCCUCCCAGUCUCAUCCAAGAAGGACCCCACCUGUCUGGACUCAGCUGUCCCCAUUGUGACCGACAGCUGCGGCGUCUAUGGCACUUUUUACGUGGACCUGAUGGGAAAUGGCCUCAAGACCUUCAACAGUCCCGGGCGAUGCCCUAAAAGGCCUCACGGUCAGCUUGAUCAGCAAGGAACUGAGACCAUCCAGAUAUUCACUCAGCCUGUGGCAAAGACCUCACCCUUCGGCAGCCAGGAGGCGCUACCAUGGAAACAUGCCAUACGCCCCCAGCCCAAGAUGGGUGUGCUGAGGGAGUCAUGGGAAAAGUCUCACAGCAAGCAAGAGUUACAUGCAGUGAACAGUGUCCCCAUAGUGCCAACCAGGAACCAGGCUUGUCCAUCCAGUGUCUACAAACAGAGACUCAGUCACAUACCAUCAGGCCGGCACGAUGGACAUUCACAGUACAGUAAAGUUGCCUGCGGUCCUCGCCUGCUGCAUUACUCUGCAUCAUUACACCUGGUGGACAUGCUGCCCCCACCACCACCAAUACCCACAGAGGACACCACGGACGCGUACAGCCUCACCUCAGAUGAAGGCUCCAGUCGCUCUACAAAGCUAACAGUGGACACAGGCUCUCUCCAGUCAGUGUGUGCUGUAUCAGGCCACCUUGAGAAAACAGGAUUCACCAACAGCAACACCAGCUGCCCCUCCUACAGCCACCUGUCUACUACAUCAUAUUCCAUGUCAAUGGAUGGCGAACAGGGCGGGACACUGACAGCAGAGGAAGCCACCCAGUAUCUGGAGCUCAGCCCUAAACCUGAGAGAUGCAGCAGUGCCCUGCCUGAGCAGCGCCCCUCCCUCUCCCACCCCUUCCCCCCCACCCUGGGCUACAUCUGUGGGCAAGUCUGUAACCCUGCCACUGAUGAGCCUGAGGCCCCACCGAUUGGCUUGCGACGUGCCCGCCUCCAGAGCACACCUUCCUCCUGCUACAGUGACUGGGACAGCUCACUGUGGAACACCUGGAGCUCCGUCAUGGACUACAACAUGGCCAGUGCACGCACCAGCCUUAUCAGCUCGGUGGACAGCUGCUACACUAACGACAGCGCCAACUUUGCCCGCUUGCUGGCCGUGGCAGCGGAGACCAUGAGUGGAAGCUCUUUGUCAGACUUCUCUCCGCCGGCCUCCCCCCUCAGUGCCUUGUAUCCGUCAUUUUGUGCAGAAGGAGAUGCAUUCGGGGAGCUGGAGCCGGUUCCUGCGUGGGACUGGAGCACGGCCUGGGUGGAGGAAAUGGAGGCUCAGUACAGAGCACACUAUCCUGGCAGAAACACCAGACCCUUUGACACUUAGGGAGAGUAAAAGAUGCAACUGAAUUUUGAGAUCUUCUGAAAAACACUUCACGGCGAUGCCAGAACUGCAAGACAAGAAGAGGGGAUAGACAUAAUACCCCAGCAGUUACUGAUUUCCUUUGUGAGAGCGCCAGAAAGUGUUUUUGAGGUCUGAGUAAUUCAGGGUAGUGAUUUUGUAGUAAAGAAUAGAUAAAUAAAUAAAUAUCUGGAUAUGAAGUACAAUUGAAGCCACCACCUUGAUGUUUGAGACACCUCUGCUAGUAAAUGCGCAUAUGUUGUGUACCUCAGGGCAGUCCAGCUACUAUUUUGCAUCCUUCAAAUGACUUCCAUUGAGUUUCUAAAGUUUUUUUCCCUCUCCGUAUCCUUUUUCUCUCAUUAGAGAAGAGGAUAAUGAGAUACUUCCCUUGAGAUGUUCUCACCCAGUGUGUUUUGAAAAGGCCAGAAAAGCACAAAGACAGGAUGUGAGACAGGGAGAAAGCAGUCAUUAGGCAGAAGAAAUACAGUGCUGGAGUUUUCCUCACAGCAUGCGUUUGUUACUUAUUUUCAUGUUUGUUGCAGGGUGUUAUUGGGGCUGACGGCCUGCCAAAUAAAACAUAUCAUAAUGAUUUUGUACAGGACAGUUUUACUGAUCAAGUGUAUAUAUGCAGGAUAUUCAGCAAAUGUUAUUUAAAGAAUUUUAAACACAAUCCAAAUCAUUUUCUGUCUUCCUGAUUGUUUUGGUGAUUUCUUUGACAUUCUGGGAAUUCUUUUGUAUUUUAAGAUUGUUUUUGUCUUUAUACACCCUCUCUACUUUUUAUUGUUACACAAAGUUUGCAUUAGACAAAACAUUGUGCAGUUGAGAGUAGCAAAAGUAGCAAAAGUUAUUUUUAACAUGUUUAAUUAAACUAACUCGAGGUUUUACCUCUACAUAAAAGUAAAGGAGUUUUAGCAAGCACUCAAUGAAAAGUAUUAGCAUAAGAGCUGCAUAGCUCAGUCUCUGCAUGCUUGAUACAUUUUUAUAUAUAAAUUCACUAAUGGUAGUAGAAUCAACGUUUUACAUUUUGUAAGAAUUUGCAUUUUAUUUUAUUUACAUUACAUUACAUAUAUGUUUUAUAGUUAUGAAUAAAAUCUAUGUAUUGAUUGAAA